AUGAGUAGCUCAGAAACACCUCGUACAUUAGAUAGAAAAGAUGUUGUCGAACAGUUAUUAUUAUAUCAAGCAAUGUUACAUAAAAAUAAUCUUGAAAUGAAAAUUAUUCAAUGGGAAGGAGGAAAGUCAUUAUACUCACCAACAUCUCAUUACGCACAAUUACGAGAAAUUAUUAAAACAAUUCCUAAAUUUUGGUAUUUCACAUUAAAAAAUAGUGGUUAUUUAGACAUUGUCUUUGCAAAUCAAAAUGAUGAAAAAAUAUUAGAGUCAUUAAUUGAUAUUAAUGUUGAUUCUAUGAAACAAAAUUUAGAUGGUAAGAAUGUUGUUGAUGUAAUGGAUACAUCAUACAGAGUAGUUUAUUCGUUUAAAGAAAAUGAAUAUCUUCAAUCUAACGAAAUAUUUCAAACAGUUUAUUUUACUACAACACAAAAUCGUCCUGUACGUUAUGAAAAUAGCCCAGUCAUAUUUAAAAAUGGAUUUGAUGUUCAUAUCGUUAAUGACCAUUAUCAUCACUCAUUUUUUGAUCAAUUCUUAAUUCCAUAUGAAUCAUUAAAUGAAGAAGAAAAAAGUGAUGCAUUAGCAAACUUACAUAUUAUUUUAUUCGAUGUAUUAAAAAAUCCUGUUCAUUUUUUUAAAGGAACAAUGGGUCAAUACGAACCAAAAGAAGAAGAAAUACUUCACAACUUAGAGAUGGAACAAGAAAUGGAGGAAAGAAGAAAUCAACCAUUAAAUGAACAACAAACAACUAAUACUCAUUCAGAAGAAAAAACAAAUAACCAACAAGAAAUUUUUUCUACCCAAAUUAAAGAAGAAGAACAACAAGAACAAAUUCAAAAAGAAACAAAAGAAGAAAUUUCCUUAUCUGAAAAGGAAACAAAAGUUGUAUCUGAAGAAAACUACGAACAAAUAAAACAGGACUUACAACCUUCAAACAUAGUUCCUGUUGAAAAAGUUGAAGAUAAAAAAAUUCCACAAGUAUUAAAUAUACAACCAAUAAAAGAGGAAAAGAACGAACUAAUUAAAAAUACAAUUUACCAAGAAAUUAAAGUAGAAGAGAAGAUAUUAAGUAAAGAAACAAAGUCAGAACCACAAAAAUAA